AUGCUAUUCAAAGGAAUAAGAUACGCUAAGAGUUACUUUCAUGGUGCUUCAAAUAUUCCCUUAACUUAUAAAACAGUUGGGUAGCAAUUACAUGAUAUAACUGAGAAAUACCCUGAUAAUUUAGCCGUAACUAUGCUAUAUAAGGAUUUCAGGUGGUUUCGUAAUUGCAAGAUGUUCAAUUGACUUAUAGUGAAUUCUACAAGAGAUCAAGAGAGUUGGCUGCUGCCUUUAUAGCUUUAGGAUUAGAGAAAGGUGAUAGAAUAGGAAUCUUUUCACCUAAUAAUGUGGAAUGGGCUUUAACAUAAUUUGCAGCAGCUUUAGCUGAUUUAAUAUUAGUGAAUAUUAAUCCAGCCUAUUAAACUAAUGAAUUAGAAUAUACAUUGAAUAAAGUUGAAUGUAAAGCCUUGAUAUUGAGAUCUACAUUCAAACAUUCAAAUUAUGUUUCUAUGAUUAAAGAACUAGCACCAGAAUUAGAUUAACCAGGUAAUCUAAAUUCAAAGAGAAUUCCAUCAUUGAAAAGUAUUCUUAUAUACACUAGAAUUAGGUGUGAUAUUGAUUGAUGAUAUUCAUAAAAAGGGGUUUUUUAAUUUUAAAGAACUCUUUUCUAUUUUUGGAACUUCUCAUUUGAAUGAAGUUGAUUAAAGAAUGUCUAAUUAAGAUCCAGAUGAUAUUACAAAUAUUUAAUUUACAUCUGGAACAACAGGAGCACCAAAAGGAGCAUGUUUAAGUCACUUAAAUAUAUUGAAUAAUGGUAAAUAUGUUGGGGAAAGAGUACAUUACACAUAAAAUGAUAGAGUAGCUAUAGCUGUACCAUUAUAUCAUUGCUUUGGAAUGGUAAUGGGUAAUUUGGCAUGUAUCAAUUAUGGAUCUACAAUGGUUUAUCCAAGUGAUGGUUUUAGUGCAGGAGCUACAUUAGAAGCAGUUACAAAUUAUAAAUGUACAUCAAUUUAUGGAGUUCCAACAAUGGUAUUAUAUAUUAUAUCUAUAAAUAUAGUUUAUUGAAUAUCUGAAUGAAUAUGAGAGACAUAAAUAAAAAUAUGAUGUAUCUACAUUAAGAACUGGUUUAAUUGCAGGAUCUUUGGCAUCAGAAGCAUUAAUGAAAUAAAUUAUUAAUGUUUUAGGAGUUAGAGAUAUCUCAAAUUGUUAUGGUUAAACUGAAACUAGUCCUGUAACAUCUUAGACUAAAACUACAGAUUCUUUUGAAAUAAAAACUAGCAAAGUUGGAUUACCUAUGAAUAUGGAAGUGAAAAUAGUUGAUUCAAAUGGAAAUAUCGUACCUUAUGAUACACCAGGUGAAUAUUGUUCAAGAGGAUAUGCAGUUAUGAAAGGAUAUUGGGGUGAUAAUAAAGCUACUAAAAAUACUAUUGAUGAAAAUGGAUUUUUACAUAGUGGAGAUUUAGCUACAAUGGAUAAAAAUGGUUAUGUGGCAAUAGUUGGUAGAAUCAAAGAUAUGAUUAUAAGAGGUGGUGAAAAUAUAUAUCCUAAAGAGAUUGAAGAUUACUUAUCUCAUUUAUAAGGAGUUGAAUAAGUUUAAGUAGUUGGUUGUUUUGAUGAAAAAUAUGGAGAAGAAGUUGUAGCAUUAAUUAAAAUGAAAAAGGAAGCAGAACAACUUACUGGAUUAGAUGUCUAUUAGUUUUGUCAUAAAAAAAUUGCUCAUUACAAAAUUCCAAAAUAUGUUAAAUUUGUUAAUGAUUUUCCAUAUACAGUAACAGGUAAACCAUAAAAGUUUAAAAUGAGAGAUGAAAUAAAUAAAGAACUUGAAGAUCCAAAACUUAGAGAAUUAUAUUAAAUCAGAUGA